UUGCCCGCAUAAGAUAGACUCUGGCAUGAACACAAAUACAUGCCCUAUGUGGCGGCGGUCUAGACUGUAACCCUGCAGAUACUGCGGCGAUGUCAGCUGAAGCCUCUAAGCAAGCCUCCACUGGGAUGGCGUCGCAGUCGCACAAGGGACGCCGGCAUAGCGAGAAGAAGAAGUCUGAUCCGUUCCUCGAGAUACCAGAUGAAAUUCCGAAGUUGCCUAACCAGCCACUUCCGGAUGAGAGGGAUAAGGGCCGGGCGGGCAACGCGCAGCAGUCGCUUCUCGCCGAUGUUAUACUGACACCUCUGAAUAUGAUCGCAUUGCUGCUUUCGCUACUUUUGGCAGACGAAAAGGCGCGCCAGUGGCGUCUGUCACAGCGUUCGUCGGGUAUGAACACUCCGCACUGGUCAGUGUUCUCGUCAGCCAGGUCUCCAUAUGAGCAGCCGAGCGAGCUCAAUCGAGACUCUGGGACCUGGUACUAUCGCAAGACACACCGCGCAGUCGCUAAGCUUGAACUCGCGGACGCGCUAGAUAUGCGCGGAAGGGUGUUCGUCGCUCUAUUGGCGUGGUCGGCUAUCAUGCUGUGCGCUGUCGUUUACACAUUGAGGCAACUGUAUAACUGGGCAACGCUGUAGCACGGUGGCACACACGGUGGCUGUUUCUCAUCUUAUUCACCGCUUUACAGUCUAUGCAGGAAAGGUUGAGAGGCUUGUGUGUGGUCGAACUAGCGUCACAGAUGCCGUAAUGCUUCAAUAUGAUUCAAAUGCGUUGCUCAAGAAGGUACGUCUGCGAGCAAUGGACAGAAGUUCCGAGUACG